GCUGCGAAGUUGAGCGGCCGCCACUUUUUGGCGAGCGAUCGAAACGAACAGACGUGCUGUUCAGAGGCAAAGAGGAAGCGUGGAUAAUCAUGGACCCCGAAGUAAUCGUUAUUUUAUCUGACGAAGAUGCCAGUGGAAACCCCCAUAAUGUACGCGCUUAUUAUAGACGACGACAGGAGGAGGAGCCGGAGUACGCACCGCCGGAGGGAGUGGUCACCGACGCUGUAUCCGCCGCCGAGGAUUGUCGGCGCUACUAUGACCCUGACCCAUUCGAGGAAGGGGACCAGCCAGCAUCGAAACACACGGCGAUAUAUGAGCCAGUGACAGACGACGAAGGCGAAGGACCUCUAUUCCGCCGCCGCUUUCCUACCCACAGGCCGGCGGUCGACCCGGACAGCCAAUUCCAACGGGUGAGCCUCCGAUACUUGCCAAAGAUCCCCGAGGAGGGUAGUGGAAUCCACUCCGGCCCACCGAAAUGUGGGUGGACAGAUGCAGGGGAAGGCCCCGACGGCAAACGCCGGAGGAAACGCCGCAGAAACCGCCACCGGGGUGGUUGUCAACAGAAUUCCAGCAUCGAAGGGACGGCGGUGAAUCCGAAAAAAAUUCGUCCGGAGUGUACGAUACCGGGAGGACAGCAGCUUAACGUGCCGAGUUUGCCGCGCGAACGCCUAAAGGGUCCUUUCCAGUUCAGGAAGGAUAACCGCAACUGCGGAUCGAUAGCAACUGCCCGAGGAGGAUGCUACGAGGCAGUUGUUGUGGAAGAAGCGCGGACCGAGGAGGAAGAUGUAAUGCCGCCGCUGGUGCCGGCUACGCCAAGCGAGACUCUCGAAACGCCCUUGGAAGGUGCCACCGCCACAGAUAGCGAGCUGUGGGAGAAUAUAUUGGAUCUAUACGACGGAAUCGAUGGGUGGGACACCAAUCUGGAGUCGGUGCUCAAUGAGAAGGCAGACCUUAACCCAGUAGCAGCCUCGCGGGAUUCCGUCCCGGAAGCAGCACCGAGGAACCCCUCUUCAGCAACGAUCUCGAGGAACCCCGCUUCUGCAAUAAUCUCGGGGAAUCCCGUCCCGGAAGCAGCACCGAGGAACCCCACUUCAGCAAUGAUCUCGAGUAACCCCGUCCCGUACUGUACUCCCAGGGCAUGGAGGGUGUUCCUCCACGGAGCGCCCCUUUCAUCGGGCGUAGUAGAACUCAUCGAGGCCGAGAUGAGGUUCCGCCGUGGCCGAUCUCGGCGAUUUCGGUUCCAUGUAACCGAAGGCGAUAAAGUAUACGGCGUCACUUUGAACGCCAAAGGCAGCGUCACCGUCACCUCUUCAAAGUAAGGGGGAGGGGGGGUUUGUGUGUGUGUGUGUGUGAGGCGGCUACCUGGAGCAGCAAGGAGCCAUUCGAUUUAUAUUUUUGAUUAUUAUUAUUAGUCUGUAAGCAUAGAGUAUAAGCAUUAUUGUAGGGCAUUAUUAAUCACGGGCAAGUAUCCACAGUCACAAUUCAAGUUUAAAUUUAACGGCCAGCCGCCGCUGUAACCGUGCGUAGCUGAUGAUCGGUUGGUCAACACCGUCCUCGAAUGAGACUCUUGAAUGAAUUCUGUAUUGUAGCACAGUUUAACCCGUUUGAAAUAAUCCCCUCCCGUUCCCCAUCCCUUCAACGUCCUAGCAAAAUGACAAAUGUCUUGUAAUUUGCUGGCCCUGGUAA